UGGAAACGAUUGGUGUCCGUAUGGUGCCUGUUGAUCUUUUAAACUUUUGUCGUAAAUUUGAAUAGAAAUUUAAUUUACUUUGGUAUUUGAUAACAAUUUAAAAGCAAUGCAGUGUGUUUUAUAUCUUUUAAGCAAGUUUGUAAAAAAUAUUAACAAUUUCCUGAUAAUGUUUAGGUCAGGCAGUUUUAACAAUCACAAAGUGACUCCUAGCAAGUUGGAACCUUUUUACUGGAAGCAGCACUAAUCGUUAAAGCGUUUCUGUUUUUAAAUGAUCUAAUUUAAUCAAAUAAUGUUAUUUAUGUAAGCCUUUUUGCCAACUGAACCUUCUAUUUGUCGGAUGAAAUUGAAUUCACUGCUGCUGAUGUCUCGACUCGUUAAAAAAUCUCCAUCUGUUUGUACGGAUCUACCUCUGAGCAGCUCAGAUGUUUGUAACAAGCUCCACCUGAUGAAGGAGUUUCUCAGAUCUUCUUACGGCCCGACAGCCAGGCUGAAACAGGUUCAUAACAACAUCGGAGGGUCCGUAGUGACCUCCUCCACCUCCUCUGUUCUCCUGCAAGCAAUUGCCUCCUCUCAGCCCAUCAUCAGUCUGAUAAGAAGCUCCAUUCUGAAUCACGUCUCCCGCUUCAGUGAUUGUGGUCUGUUUGCUGCUGUUUUCUGUCUGUGUCUCCUUGAACAAGCAGGGCAGUGUGGCCUCAGAAAAAACGUUAUGAUCAAAGUGAACAAGCAUCUUCUUUCUCUGUGCACUGGUUACCUGCAGCAAGAGGACUGUGGUUGUAAAGUUAAACUAGACUUCUGCAGCAGCCAGAACUUGAUCACUUUAGCUCGUAGUGUUAUCUCCAGCAAACCGACAUGUGUGCUAACAGAGCCAGAAUCGGAUCACAUCAGCAGGCUUGCUGUACAAGCCUUCCUGCUGACUGUUCCCUGCAACAUCCCAGAUACAGUCAGGCUUGGCAGAACAGCCACUAUCACCAUAGAGGGACACUCUGUGCUAAAAUCAGCCGUGUUUCCAGGCCUACUGUUGAGCACGCCUGAAAACCUUUGCUUUGACAGUCUUUGCAGUCCACUGCAUGUGGUUCUGUUCAGUAUAUCUCUGGCUGGAGAUCUUAGUGAAAUUGGAGAUGGUAGGAUUGAGAUGCAUCAAGGUGUGGACGUUGACUCACAGAUCCUGGAUCAGCUUUUGGAGCUCGGAAAGCAGGUGCUUAAAGAUGGGGUGAAGUUAUUUUUAUGCCAGAAGGUCAUCCACCCAGUCCUGCAGCACUACUUGAGAUGCAAUGGUGUAAUAGUCAUAGAGAGACUUGGAGUCAGCCUCAUGGAGCCACUUAUUCAGCUGACUGGUGCUCAACCUGUGGCGACGCUGCAUGCCACAAUCCCAUCCACUGUUUACGGGAAGGUCCAUAAUGUCUGUAUUAGGCAGUUUGGAUCCAAGACAAUGCUGCAUUUACACCCUGCUGGGGAAACCGCCAUCUGCUCCAUGAUCCUCUGCCACAGGAAUGAAACGAUGUUAAAUGAACUGAAGCUGGUGUGCCAGACAACCGAGCAUGUGUUGAGGCUCACCCUCAGGGAACCAUUUGCUUUACUCGGAGGUGGCUGCACCGAAACCCACUUAGCUGCUUAUGUCAGACACAAGAGCAAGAAUGAAGUGUCAGAGUCCACAUCUGUUCUGGGCUGCUCACAGACAGAGUACCUUCUUGCUGCUGAGGCGUUCUGCCACUCUCUGGAGUUGGUGGCCACGUCUCUGGAGCACGACGGCGGGACUUCUCUAAUCGACCUGACUCAUGCUCACCACUGGACUCUACCUUCAGAUGUUACAGAAGAACACCUGGAGGGUGUUAUGGCACCAUGUGGCUGUGGAGUGGUAGAAAGCUGCCAGAAUAAAACUCGGAGCUACCUAGACACCAAAUAUGCAGGGUUCUCCCCGGCACCCUUGUUAACAGCUUCCCCACUGCAGGCGACAGUACUCGACUCCUUCACACCUAAAGUUAAUGCGUUAGGAGUUGCUGUGGAAACUGCUAAUCUUGUACUGGAUGUGAGAUAUGUCAUUCAGGAUGUGAACUAACUAAAGAGAUUUGUUAUCAAGACUGAGAUAACUGACACUCUUUUGUGUUUUUUAAUUUAAAUAUAUUAUUCUUUUUAUUAA